CACUCAGUUAGCGAGCAUUCUAGCACACCCAACGCGGGAACUGUUCGUUCAACCUGCUUGUUGUACUCGAAAUUUAAACAGCUGUAGACACAUUGCCCGUGCGCCCCUCCCCCAAAGGGGAGACACACCGGGAAUGGAGCAAAAUUCAGCGUAGUAGAACACAGCCACACUACAUAAUCGGAAAGCAUCGGCACGGCGGGAACGAAGCGGAGGGCAAGCAGGAGUCGAUCGGGCGGCGGCAUCAAACACACACACACACACCGCACGCGCUUGGCUCGUAUCAAUCAUAAAGGAUGCUUUUUUAGUGUCCGGCCCCAUUCAUUCAGCUUCCGCCGAUCGAAGGAGACCGCCGCGGUGGUGGCGAGAUUGUGUAAAGGCCUGCUGCGACACCUUCCGCCCGUAGUAGGAAGAUACGAGUUGUGUUUGUGGCGCGAACCACACUGAAGUGAAGUGAACGUGUGAAGGGGUGGGGAAAAGAUCCGUUCCGGUAGUGCCAUUUUGGGACGGUUAAUCGGUGGAGCGCGUGUUCGCCCUUCACCGAGAACGUGUGCUGUGUGUCGCGUGUUCCGCCUGUUCUGGGGGAGGGAGGAGGGUGCCGAGAAGCGUCCCAAUUGAACGGUGUGAUAAAGCCGUUCAGGCAGUCGAGAUUCACCUCCGAACCGGUACGGAUCACAUUAGACAAGGGGGAGUUUUAGUGGGGAACUCUGUGAUCGCUGUCCGGUGCUUUUAUGUUCUCCGGUGCGGUCUGUGAAUGUGUUUAGAAGUCGAUCGAUAGUGUGUAGCAAAAGCAAUGGCCGAGGCACCGAUUGUGAUUAAGAAGGAACAGCUAACACUACAGCUAGAUCCACCACUGACACAACUGCCGGAAGGAUGCGGCCGACGGAUGUGCCUGUUUAUGGGCGUGUACUGGAAGACGCUGCUAGUGCUGCUGGUUCCACUCAUAGCCGCGUCCGUCUUCCUGGUCGAUACAUCGCCCCCGUUCCGCUGCAUGUACAUCGUGAUGGUGAUGGGAGUGUUCUGGAUAACGGAGGCACUACCACUGCCCAUCACCUCCAUGCUGCCGAUCGUGCUGUUCCCGCUGAUGGGCAUCCUGGACACGAACAGGACGUGCAUGAUGUACAUGAAGGACACGAUGCUGAUGUUCAUCGGUGGUAUCGUGAUGGCGCUGGCCGUCGAGUACUGUAACCUUCACAAGCGCGUUGCCCUGAAGGUGAUCUCCGUGAUUGGGUGUAGCCAGCGGCGGCUUACCUUUGGCCUGACCAUGGUGACGAUGUUCGUCUCGAUGUGGAUCUCCAAUACGGCCACCGUCGCGAUGAUGUGCCCGAUCGUACAGGCUGUGCUGGAGGAGCUCGAAGCGCAAGGACUGUGCAAGAUUAACGAAAAGCCAAAGUCGGUCGAAGGAUCCUGCACGGAACGGGAUGAAGAACUUCCGCGACCAACGAAGAUCACGAUGUGCUACUACAUCGGUACGGCCUAUGCAGCAACGUGCGGUGGCGUUGGGACGAUCGUCGGCUCUGGCGUGAAUCUGACGCUGAAGGGCAUCUACGAGAGCCGAUUUCCCGAGGCACCAGGGAUUGAUUUCCCCUCCUUUAUGUUCUACAACAUCCCGGGAAUGUUGCUGUUCACCUUCCUUACCUGGGUGUGGUUGCAGUGGCUGUUUAUGGGACUGUUUAGACCCAACAGUGAGGAUGCCCGUGCCGCCAACAUCGGUCCCGAGGGUGAGGCCGUCGCUGAGCGGGUGAUUGAAAACCGGCUCCGUGAACUUGGCCCCAUGACGUCGCACGAGAUUGGAGUGGCUUUCUUCUUCGUCCUUUCGGUUGUGCUGUACUUUACCCGCGAGCCUGGCUUCAUGAUGGGAUGGGCCGAUCUGGUACCGGAUGUCAAAAUCAAAGACGCCACUCCCGCCAUCUUCGUCGUGAUCAUGCUGUUCAUCGUGCCGGCCGACUGGAACUGUCUCGCCUUCUUCCACAAGGGUGGCGGCCGCCUGCCCAAAAAAGCUUCCCCUGGGCUGAUCACGUGGCGCUUCAUCAACCAAAAGACGCCCUGGAGCUUGCUGUUUCUGCUCGGCGGAGGGUUUGCCCUUGCCGAGGGUGGUCGCACUUCCGGCAUGUCGGCCCUGCUUGGCCAGUCGCUGGCAGGGUUGAAGGUGCUUCCGCCGCUGCUGCUGCUGUUUGUGCUGUGCGUGGUCGGUGAAUUCCUCACCGAGUUUACCUCGAACGUGGCGAUCUGCAACGUGGUGCUACCGGUGCUAGCGGAAGUGGCAAUCGCAAUUGAAAUUCAUCCCCUGUACCUGAUGUUUCCGGUCGCGAUGGUGUGUAGCUUCUCGUUCCAUCUGCCGGUCGGUACGCCACCGAACGCGAUCGUGGCCGGGGUGGGCAACAUCCGGAUCAAGGAUAUGGCCGUCGCCGGCAUUGGACCGUCCAUCUUUACGCUGCUCAUCAGCUGGGCCAGCUUCCCGACCUGGGGCAGCAUUAUCUAUCCCGAGCUGGCGCACUUCCCCGACUGGGCGCGGCCCCUGAACGAGACGGCACUGUAGCGAAGUGCUCCCCCUUGUUGCUCACUGACGGUAUUGAGGAGGAUGUUGUAUUGUUUAUUUGUUUAUUGUACGUGCCAUUCGAUAUGUAAGCGAUUAGAGUGUAGAGCCUAGAAUGUAAUAAACGUUUCGUGGAAACUUGUUCUCGCGGUAGGGAGAAUCGGCAGGCGCACGCUCGUGGCGUGCAGUUUCACAUGCAAA